GUUUUAAGUAUACCAAGUAACCCAAGCUUUAAAAAUGGAAGAACUGAAAGCUGACAAAAAACUCGAGAUUGGAUUAAGUGAGAAAAACCUGGACGUUGGCUAUGGAGAAAGCUCCUCUGUGGAUCUUAAACCUCAAAGUCGUUUUUCAUCUUUCUUGAGAAAGCUAGAAAUUAAUUCAAGUAAUGUAGAACGUAUAAAUCAUGAUUUGCAUCCGACCCCACCAGAAAGAAGAAAAUACAAAGCAUUGGAUUAUUUUUAUUUGUGGAGUUGUAAUGGUUUGAGUGCUAGCGCAUUCAGAACAGGAACUUCAUACAUGGAAAUGGGCUUAUCGCCAAAGCAGGCACUUGCCGCUUUGAUAAUGGGAAACGUUUUCAUUUCCAUUCCUAUGACGUUAAAUGGUUUGUUUGGUUCACAUUAUCAUAUUCCCUUCGCGAUUCAAUCUAGAGCCUCCUUCGGUUAUUAUUUUAAUACGUUGAUUAUCUUGCUACGUUUAAUCGCUGGGUUAUUUUAUUAUGGUACCAAUGUUUAUACGGGUGCAGAAUGUAUCCAAACGAUAUUGUAUGCUAUUUUUAAAUCCUUCCGAACAUAUAAAAAUCGAUUACCAGAAGAUGCUGGAAUUACUUCCAACUUCAUGAUAUGUUAUUUUGUAUAUUGGGUUAUUUCUGUCCCUUUCCAUUUGAUUAGGCCAGAAUAUCUUCAAAAUUUCUUUUUGGUCAAAUCCAUCUCUACUUACAUAGCAUGCUUUGCAAUGCUUAUUUUUUUACUCUGUAACGCAGGUAGCAACGUGGUAUGGGAUCAACCAGCUACAGUUUCAGGAAGUAAAUGGUCAUGGGUAUUUAUGUAUGCCUUAAAUGCCUCUGUAACGGGUUUUUCUACCUUAGCUGUGAAUGUCAAUGACUUCACAAGAUAUGCAAAACACCCGAAGGCACCUUAUGUUCAGUUUCUUAUUCUGCCCGUAAUUGCCGCUGUGUCUGCGCCCAUUGGAAUUAUUUCAGGAGUCGCUUCGAAAAUAAUGUAUGGAAGUGCUAUGUGGGAUCCAUUAGAAAUCGCAAAUAACUGGACUUCUAGUGGAGGAAGAGCCGCAGCAUUUUUUAUGGGAUUUACUUAUUUGAUUUCACAAAUUGCACAAAAUAUAUCUGAUAAUACUGUUGCCGCGGCCAAUGAUCUUUUAUACUUUUUCCCAAAGUAUCUAGAUAUUAGAAGGGCGCAGAUAGUUGUUAUUGUCAUCGGUGCUUGGGCUAUUGUUCCUUGGAAAAUCUUGCAAAAUGGUGCUUCAUUUUUAGCUUUCCUAGGUUCGCUAAGUAUUUUCCUUGGUCCAGCUGCCGGUAUUCUGAUAGCCGAUAAAUUAAAAAAUCAUCAUAAAUACAACAUUGAUGAAUUUUACAACCCAGCAGGAAUUUACAGAUACAAUACAUUUGGAACAAAUUGGAGAGCUCUCGUCGCCUUUCUGUGCGGCUCGGUUCCAUUAUUACCUGGAAUGGCAAUGAGUAUCAAUACCAACAUAAUAAUGCCUGAAGGUAUCACACACUUGUACUAUAUUGGGUAUUUUUACGCAUUUAUGACUGCAUUCUUGAUUUAUUAUGUCUUAAACUUGGUUUUCCCAGCUAAGGAUACACUCCUUGAAGAGGCUGUGUAUCCGCCAAGUACACAAGCAGAGCUGGUUGACCCUUCCACUUUGAAACCUAAAGAUCGGAUGUUAUAUUACAUUAAGUGUUAUUAAUCAUUGAAGAUCCAGUUACUUUCAUGUCAAUAAUGUCCCAUAUAGUAUGGUAAUAAGUGGAAUAUAAUUGUUAAUUGCUAAAAGGUGUUAGAUUUUUGAUUUAAAAAUAGGUACCUGUCAUUGUCACGAGAGGUGUGUUGUUAAUAUUAUAUAUAUUUGUCAUUG